GCCGAUUCACUCCCAGCGUUUCCUGUAUAUUUAUAUUCUAACGUUCGGGAUCCCGGACUUGUCUCGAAAAAGUGUCCCCCCGUCAAGAGCUUUUGCCUUCACAGGGGUGUUUCUCAGCUGUUCAAAGUUCAGAUGUGAUCCACGCGGACUGAGACUGGAUAAGGAUGAUGUUGCAGCGGGUGGCAGUUGUUGGAGCCGGGCCGGCGGGCCUCUGUACAGCCAGACACAUCCUGUCCCGUCUGAACAGCUUCGCCCCUCCGGUGGUGUUCGAGCUCACUGACAACAUCGGAGGCACCUGGCGUUACAAUGAGCGUGUCGGGACGUAUGACGACGGCCGGCCGGUCCUCAGCAGCAUGUACAGAGACCUCAGGACCAACCUGCCUAAGGAGGUGAUGAUGUUCCCUGAUUUCCCCUUUGAGUCCCAGCUGAACAGCUUCCUGUCCCAUCAAGAGGUUCUCAGCUACCUGGAGAGAUACUGCCAGAGCCACAACAUCCGGCCUCACAUCCGGUUCAACACUGUAGUGAAAAUGGUGAAGCCUGUGGUCAUGACAACAGAGGACAAGGAGGACAGGAUGACAUGGGAAGUGACGUCUUCUGAUUUGUCGGGUUGUCAGAGGACAGAAACGUUCGACGCCGUCUUUGUCUGCUCAGGGCACUACUCCGACCCUUACAUCCCAAACAUACCAGGCAUUGAGAACUUUAAAGGCAAGGUGCUCCACAGUCACUCUUACAGGUAUGCAGAGCUGUUCUCGGGUCAGUCAGUGGUGGUUCUGGGAGCCAAAUCUUCAGGGCUGGACAUUUCCAUCGAACUGGCCAGAGUUGGUGCCAAGGUGACUCUGAGUCAUCGUGAUCCUCCCUUUACCUUUCCUCUUCCUGCUGGGAUUCAACAGACCAGCCCAGUGGUGGCGGUCGAGGAUGACGGCAGCAUUCGCUUCCAGGAUGGUUCAGUGGGCACAGCCGACGUCUUCAUAUUUUGCACCGGGUACAAUUUCUGGUUUCCAUUCCUGAACGCAGCUCAGCUGGGUCUGGAGAUCCAAAACCACACUGUUUCUCCCCUGUACCGCUACCUGUUGCCUCCCGCCUGCCCUUCACUCUUCUUCAUUGGCAUCUGCAAGAUCAUUUGUCCCUUUCCCCACUUCAACUGUCAGGUCCAGUUUGCUCUGGCCGUGUUGGAUGGCUCGGUCUCUUUACCAUCUCGGGCUGAGAUGGAACACGAGGUCCAGCGAGAGCUGCAGGAAAAGAUGGCACGUGGGGUCCAGCAGCACCACCUGAUGGUAUUAAACCAGGCUCAGUGGGAGUACUGUGAGACACUCGCUCACACCGCUGGCUUCCUGCCACUGCCUCCAGUCAUGAAAAGCCUGUACGAGGAGGUUGUGCGACAGAGACGGAUUCACCCUGAAAACUACCGGAGGCUCAACUACAGGCUGAGCAGUGACACCCAGUGGGAGGAGAUUGAACGUCUGAUGGAGGAAGACUGAUGACAGCUUAAACAGCAGGUCUACAAAAUCAUGAACUCACUAUAUGAUACAACAUAAUCGCUCAAUGUGUUCAGCAUUAAAAGAUGAAAUAGCCA